ACAGCCAUACAUGCGUGUGGUGAACGUGUCUGGGAGGGAAAGAUGGCGGCCUGUGCUUUACGCCGGGGUCUGCUGAGCACUGUCAGCAAGUACAACAGGAAACAUGCACACCGAAUAUUAGGCAUAACUGACAGCUGCACCGGCUUUGAGUCGUUCAGACCCUGGCCUUCGUGUCGGGCCUGUGGUGUGAGCAGCAAUGUCCAGCAGAGGCGGUUCAUGUCGUCACGGAACAGACCAGAGGGGAAGAUUCUUGAAACUGUUGGCGUGUUUGAGGCUCUGAAGCAGCAUGGCAAAUAUGAAACCGGACAGCUCUUCCUUCACAGUGUGUUUGGCUACAGAGGCAUUGUUUUGUUCCCGUGGCAUGCCCGACUCUACGACAGAGACAUCACCCCCCCUGUGUCCGACAGCAAACCAGAGCCUCCUGGAGCCCAUGGGUCUAAGGAGGUGAAAGGAAAGACUCACACCUACUACCAGGUCCUGAUUGACAUCAGAGAUUGCCCUCACAUAUCUCAAAGGUCACAAACAGAAGCAGUGACUUUUCUAGCCAACCAUGAAGACAGCAGAGCCCUCUAUGCCAUCCCAGGUCUGGACUACGUGAGCCAUGAAGAUAUCCUGCCCUACAACUCCACCGAGCAGCUGCCCAUCCACCACGACUUGUUUGAACGCUUCCUGAUGUACAACCCUGCCAAAUCGCCACCAUUUACACCGCGGGACACCCUGAAGGCAUGGCAGGAGAAGAACCACCCCUGGCUGGAGCUGUCGGACGUUCACAGAGAAACCACUGAGAACAUCCGUGUCACAGUCAUCCCCUUCUAUAUGGGGAUGAGGGAAGCACAGAAUUCCCACGUCUACUGGUGGAGGUACUGUAUCCGCCUGGAAAACAUGGGCAAUGAGGUGGUCCAAUUGAGAGAGCGACACUGGAGGAUAUUCAGCCUCUCAGGAACCCUGGAGACAGUCAGAGGGCGAGGAGUCGUGGGCAGGGAGCCGGUUUUGUCCAAGGAGCAGCCAGCGUUCCAGUACAGCAGCCAUGUUUCUCUACAAGCCCCCAGUGGUCACAUGUGGGGGACGUUUCGUAUCGAACGGACGGAUGGGUCCCACUUCGAUGUCCGCAUUCCUCCCUUCUCCUUGGAGAGCAACAAAGACGAUAAAGCCCCCCCUGCAGGCUACACUUUCUAAUUGCAGGCGGUCUCUGCAGCCACACUUGACCCUCGUCCUUCAGAAUAAGAGCAGUUAGUCCAGCAGGGUGGAAGAAUGAAGAAAACAAAAGCAGGUCUUCCACGUGUCCAACUCUCCCCCUCUUAAGUGAGAUUACAGCAACAUGCCAGUAGAUGAUCCGAAACAGAAACUAACAUUCUGCCCUGCCUCCACACAUGACUUUAUUGUGACGGCCGUCAGAGAGUGUUGAACCUUCCCCAGGGAGUGUGCCGGUUAUUGAUUUAGCAGGUUUCCCAUCAGUAUUCUACAAACAUUGGAGAGGGCGUGUUGAAACACAGCACUCGGAAGAGCAAUGCUGUCCAGGCGGACAAAUGUACGCAUGAACUGAUUGGAUGUCUCAAAUGGCUCACUAGUUCUCAGUACAUUUGUUUUGUUCAAGAAGGACGAUCUAGAAGGUCAUUACAGUUUCCUUGAUAUAAUUCAUGUGAGUGUGAAAGGUGAAACAUGAACGGUCAGGAUCACUUCAGGCUUGAUCAAACCAGUGGACUGUGCUUGUGGAUAUCGGCCUUGCUCUCUGAAACCACAAGGCUCUCCUGCGGUGGUCCUCCAGCCCCCUGUUCACUUGAUAAGCUACAAGUUUUACAGAGGCUUUGGUUAUAAAAUGAAAAAUAAAUCCUUUUUUUUUUCUUUUGAACAGUGAUUUCAUGCCUGUGGCUUAAUAUCUACUGUACAUAGAGAUGUAAUUAAGGCUGAAUGAAUAAAUAUUCAUUUUGAAAUUUA